AUGAAAGCAGCUCUCCAGGUGUUGUUCGCCUCGCUGGCUGCGGGCUCUGUGCUUCCGAAAGGAGGUAAUGACAGUGCAAUUCCAGACGACGACUUUGUCUAUGUGGAUGGACUGCGAUUAUACAAUGGAGAUGGGUUAUACUAUCUUACUGGUAUCAACUACUGGGCUUGUAUGAAUCUCGCCGCAAGUCCAUCCGCAGGCGGCAACUACUCACGCCUAGUCACAGAGCUCGACCAAAUGGCAUCCAAAGGCAUAAACCACCUGCGUAUCAUGGCCGCGUCAGAAGGCGCUCCAACCCCACAGCCCUUUAGAAUGAACCCGCCACUCAUGUCCGCCCCGGGCCAGUACAACGAAGACGUCUUCACAGGCCUCGACAUCUGCCUGGCGGAGAUGUCAAAACGUGGUAUGCGUGCCACCAUGACGUUGAACAACGAAUGGCAAUGGAGCGGCGGCUUUGCCCAAUACGUCUCCUGGGCCAACAACAACACGGCGAUUCCCUACCCAGAGUCCUGGAACCUGACCGCACCACCGCAGCGCGAAACACCUGGAACGGGAUGGGGGAACUACACCGAAGAAGGCGUGAACGCGGCUCCAUACAGUAACUUUACGCGCUUCGCCAACUUGAUCUACAACAACACACAGGCCGAGACGUGGUACAAAGACCACAUCAAAACCGUCAUGAGCCGACGCAACACCAUUACUGGGCGUUUAUAUACCGAAGAUCCGACCAUCAUGACCUGGCAACUCGCCAACGAACCCCAGCCGAGUGAUGAACUGGGGUACACAGGCCCAUACAACAUCUUCCUGGAGCCGAAUCCCGACGACCUGCUCUUCCCCUGGGUCGACCGCAUAUCAGCCUACAUCCGGUCUCUAGGCCCCAAGCAGCUCAUCAGCGUGGGUCUCGAAGCCAAGCAAGGCGAAUACUACUUCAAGCGGGUGAACAACUUUUCCACCGUCGACUACGCCACGACGCACUGCUGGGUGCAGAACUGGGGCGUGUACGACAUGUACAACGCCACCGACGCCAAUCUCGUCGCUGCACAAGAUUUUGCGCGUGACUUUAUGAAGAAUUCGAGCCAGUGGGCCAAGGACAUUGGCAAACCGGUUUUCCUUGAGGAAUUCGGCAUGGCGAGGGAUAAUUGGGAGAAUGAGGAUAAAGAGUAUCCGUAUCUGUCGACGGCUUCGACGACGCAUAAAGAUGCUUACUUUACUACCAUUAUUGGCGCCGUCAUGGACGAAUUUCGUAAUGGCGGCGCGUACAUUGGUACCUCGCCCUGGGCUUACGGCGGUAUCUGGAGACCCGAGACGCAGCUUGCGAAUGAGUUUGGUAUGGUGUGGGCGGGCGACCCACCGCAUGAGAGUCCCGGGUGGUAUGAUUUGUACGAUGACGAUCAUGCUAUGGAGAUUGUGAGUGCGCAGCAGAAGAUGAUCAAGAUGUGGAUUGAGAAGCAAGGCAAGAACCAGACGGGUUAUUAG